AUGCGACGCACGUCGGUAUCGCUGCCGACAAAACACAUCGCCUUUGAUCCGCACGAGAAACCCGAUCGAUACGAGAACCCGCGCGAGCAGAGCUUCAUCAUGAAAAUGCAGUCUGCCUGGGUUUCGCAGUCGCAGCGGUCGCGCUACAUUAAGACUGGCGCUAUCAUCUUUGCCGUGUUCUGUCUCUUUUACGUCUUCUCGCCUUCGGGCGUGGAUAUCUAUCGUGGAGGCAAACCGUCGUCCCAAGGCCAGACGCCGUCCGAUUCGUCCUACGGCACCGACCGAUGCACCAAGUCCUCCGGGGGCAAGCCAAUUGUACAAUAUGUGUCCAUGGUGGACGCCGGCAGCACGGGCUCGCGCAUCCACGUCUACAAGUUCAACAACUGCGGCGCUGCCCCCGAGCUCGAGGGCGAGAUUCUGUUCAAGGAGACCGAAAAAAUUGACGGCAAGAGCAGCGGACUGAGCGCGUAUAAGGACGACCCCGAGGCCGCCGCCAAGAGCCUUGACCCGCUCCUCGACGCUGCCCUCAAGGUCAUUCCCGAUGCCCUCAAGGGCUGCAGCCCGAUCGCCGUGAAGGCGACGGCCGGUCUGCGCUUGAUCGGCCCCGAGCGUAGCGGCAAGAUCCUCGAGUCCGUCCGGAACCGUCUGCACACCAAGUACCCGUUCCCCAUCGUCUCCAAGGAAGAGAAUGGCGUGGCCAUCAUGGACGGCUCGGACGAGGGCGUCUACGCCUGGGUCACGGUCAACUACCUCCUCGGCAAGAUUGGCGGCCCAGAUCAUAGCGAGACGGCGGCGGUUUUCGACCUCGGCGGCGGCUCGACCCAAAUCGUCUUCCAGCCCAGCUUCGAGGGCCUCACCUCGGGCGGCAUGCCGGACAAGCUGGCCGACGGUGAUCACAAGUACGAGCUCAGCUUCGGCGGCCAGCACUUCGACCUUUACCAGCACUCCCACCUGGGCUACGGCCUGAUGUCGGCGCGCGAAGCCAUCCACAGCACCCUCGUCAACGACAUCCACGAACAAAACAAGGCCGACACCACCUGGACCAAACAGCCCAUCAUCAACCCUUGCUUCGCCGUCGGCAUGUCCAAGACCAUCACCGUCAAGCUCGACGACAAGCACCCUCUCGGCGCCACCAUCGACCUCAACAUGACCGCCCCCUCCACCCCAGCCCCGGCCCAAUGCCGCCGCCUCGCCGAGCGCAUCCUCAAAAAGGAAGCCGAAUGCAAGCUCGCCCCCUGCUCCUUCAACGGCGUGCACCAGCCCUCCAUCGCCAAAACCUUCGCCCGCGAGGACAUGUACUUCCUCUCGUACUUUGCCGACCGCACCACCCCGCUAGGCAUGCCCGACUCCUUCACCCUGCGCGAGCUGUCCGAUCUCGCCCGCGCCGUGUGCGGUGGCGAGCGCCGCUGGGAUGUGUUUGCCAGCGUGCCCGGUGCGUUGGAGGAGCUGCGCGAUCGGCCUGAGCACUGCUUGGAUCUGAACUUUAUGCUGGCGCUGACGCAUACCGGGUAUGAGAUGCCGCUGGAUCGGGAGGUGCGGAUUGCGAAGAAGAUUAAGGAUAAGGAGCUUGGGUGGUGUUUGGGUGCUAGCCUGCCGCUGCUGUCCAAGGGCUCAGGCUGGGAAUGCCGGAUUACCGAGACGCAUUAG